UUAUCCAAACCUUAGCUCUCACACGCUCUCUGUUUCUGUCUCUGUCUCUGUGUCUGUGUGUUAAUAUAUAGCUUAGUAUAUAUAUUUAUAUAUUUAUGGUGGUGGUGCCGAUUUGGUUUCUUUAGGCAGUCGUUGAAAUCCUCCAAGUUCGAAGAAUAAUGGCUUCCCGUACAUCUGAGAUGGUAGCGAAAGUGGACCCAGCUCACGCCCUCGAUCACAAGGCGUUGUUGGCUUACGCCUCCGCCAACGUCCCUGGCUUCCCUCUUAAUCCCUCCGAUUUCACCGUCUCUCAGUUCGGGCACGGGCAAUCGAAUCCUACUUAUCUGAUGGAAGUGAGAUCGUCAAUGGGGGAUUCGGUGAAACGUUACGUUUUGAGGAAGAAGCCACCGGGGAAAUUGCUUCAGUCUGCUCACGCCGUUGAUAGAGAGUUUCAGGUUCUCCGGGCGUUGGGCACUCAUACACAAGUUCCAGUCCCAAAAGCUUUCUGUUUGUGUACUGACCCAAGUGUAAUUGGAACUGCAUUUUACAUCAUGGAGUAUUUGGAUGGACGCAUUUUUGUAGACCCCACACUGCCGGGUGUAUCACCUGAUAAGAGGAGGGCAAUAUAUCAAGCAACUGCAAAAACUUUAGCUUCUCUACAUUCCACUAAUGUGGAUGCCAUUGGUCUCACAAAAUAUGGGCGCCUUGACAACUAUUGUAAACGGCAGGUAGAAAGGUGGGCUACACAGUAUAUAGCUUCAACUGCUGGGGGUAAACCUGAGAGAAAUCCAAAGAUGAUUGAGCUUGCUAAUUGGCUACGGCAACACAUUCCUCUUGAAGAUUCUUCAGGAGCAACAUCAGGCCUAGUUCAUGGAGACUUUCGCAUUGAUAAUCUUGUAUUUCAUCCCAAUGAGGAUCGAGUUAUUGGCAUUCUUGACUGGGAACUGUCUACUCUUGGAAACCAAAUGUGUGAUGUUGCAUACAGCUGUUUGCAUUAUAUUGUGAGCAUUGGGCUUGGAGAUGGACAACAAGGUGAAGGUAUGGAACUUGCUGGAAUUCCAGAAGGUGUUCCUUCACUGGCAGAAUAUUUGGCAGAAUACUGCUAUGCAGCUAGAAAACCAUGGCCUGUUGCUGAGUGGAAGUUUUAUGUUGCCUUUUCCUUGUUCCGUGGGGCAUCAAUCUAUGCAGGAGUGUACAAUAGAUGGACUAUGGGUAAUGCUUCAGGAGGUAAGCGUGCCCAACUCACAGGGAAAUUAGCUAAUUCUCUUAUUGACUCGGCAUGGGCAUUUAUUCAACGACAAUCUGUGCUUCCUGAGCAUCCUCCAUCUGUUCCAAUUGCACAACAAUAUUUGAAACUAUCUGGUAAUGAGAAUGAAAAUCAAGGGCUUUCAAGUGGAGUGGGGAGGUUUGUUCCUAGUAAAAGAGUUCAGGAAUUGAGAAACAGAUUGAUCAAAUUCAUGGAAGAUCACAUAUACCCCAUGGAAAGUGAAUUUUACAAACUUGCUCAGUCUUCAUCACGAUGGACAGUUCAUCCAGAAGAGGAGAAGUUAAAGGAACUAGCAAAGAAGGAAGGCUUAUGGAAUUUAUUUAUACCUUUUGAUAGUGCUACAAGGGCAAGAAAACUGAUUUUUGAUGGUAGCAACCAUACUCUCCCUAAUGGUGCAUAUGAUCAGUUACUGGGUGCGGGCCUCUCAAACCUUGAAUAUGGAUACCUUUGUGAGAUUAUGGGUCGUUCCGUUUGGGCUCCACAGGUGUUUAAUUGUGGUGCACCUGACACUGGAAAUAUGGAGGUAUUGUUGCGUUAUGGAAAUAAAGAACAGCUACAUGAAUGGCUUAUACCUUUGCUCAAUGGUAAGAUCCGGUCUGGAUUUGCAAUGACAGAACCACAAGUUGCAUCUUCUGAUGCUACCAAUAUUGAGUGUUCUAUUAAAAGAGAAGGAGAUACAUAUGUCAUUAAUGGGACAAAGUGGUGGACAAGUGGGGCCAUGGAUCCCAGGUGCAAAGUUCUCAUAGUCAUGGGAAAAACUGACUUCAAUGCCGCUAAGCAUAAACAGCAGUCUAUGAUCAUAGUGGAUACCCAUACUCCUGGAGUACACAUAAAGAGACCCCUAAUGGUGUUUGGCUUUGAUGACGCACCUCAUGGGCAUGCAGAAAUAUCAUUUGUCAAUGUACGUGUGCCAGCAAAGAAUAUUCUAUUGGGAGAAGGACGUGGAUUUGAGAUUGCCCAGGGUAGGCUAGGACCGGGAAGGCUGCACCACUGCAUGAGACUGAUUGGUGCUGCUGAGCGUGGCAUGCAGAUGAUGGCUCAGAGGGCUCUUAGUAGAAGAGUGUUUGGAAAGUUGAUUGCAGAACAAGGUUCAUUUAUUUCAGAUAUUGCAAAGUGUCGGAUAGAGCUAGAGAAAGCCAGAUUGUUGGUUUUGGAAGCAGCUGACCAACUUGAUAGGCUUGGAAACAAAAAGGCCCGUGGGAUUAUUGCAAUGGCCAAGGUAGCAGCCCCAAACAUGACAUUGAAGGUGCUUGACAUGGCAAUGCAAGUGCAUGGUGGAGCUGGUUUAUCUUCUGAUACCGUUCUGGCACAUCUUUGGGUCACAGCAAGAACAUUACGAAUUGCAGAUGGUCCAGAUGAAGUCCACUUGGGUACUAUUGGCAAGUUGGAACUACAAAGAGCUAGGCUUUAAAGGAUUUGAACUUUGAAGUGAAUUUCUCUGGGGUAGGAUUUUUUUUUUUGGCUUAAUUGAAAAUAUAAAAGAAGAGAAUAAUCUCAAGGGGAAAGGACACUGUAAUUUAUCUCUGGAAAGGAAAAAAAUGAGCCUAAAGUUGAAUGUAUCGCUUGGUGAUAUAAUAAUAACUAAAUAAUAUACAAUGGUGCAUUUGAAUAUCUGGAUUUGGACAUAUGAAUAAAUUCAAACACCUUGUUUGUAUA